AUGUCCAACCAGCAUCGGAACUCGAAGCUACGCGCCCUUGUAGCUUUAUCUCUUCUGCCAGUAUCUACCCUUGCUGCUGUUGUCGAUCCCAGCAUCCUCCAAGCAUGCCCUGGCUACACUGCCACCAAUGUUAGGACAAAACGCGACGGGCUUACCGCAGAUCUUACGCUGAGAGGCUCAGGAUGCAACGUCUUUGGCCCCGACAUCAACAAACUGUCCCUCAACGUUGUAUACGAGACCUCCGACCGUAUCCACGUCAAAAUUGUUGACGCGUCCGCCGCCCGAUAUGAAGUACCUGCUUCAGUUUUUCCCCGCCCCGAUGCCAGACGUUCUGUGCCACCGCAAGCCGCUAAUAUACGUUUCAACUACACGACUUCUCCCUUCUCAUUCUCUGUGUAUCGUGCCAACACUCGCGAGGUCCUAUUUUCGACUGCAGGCAACCCUUUAAUAUUCGAACCCCAGUAUCUUCGUGUCAAGACCAACUUGCCUCAGAACCCCAACAUUUAUGGUCUCGGAGAGCACACAAAUCCUUUCCACCUUCCGACCGACAACCUGACCCUGACUCUCUGGUCGAGGGAUGCGUAUGGCAUUUCACCCAGAUCGAACUUGUACGGUAACCACCCCGUCUACUUUGAGCAUCGUACGACUGGUACCCACGGUGUCUUCUUGCUCAACUCGAACGGCAUGGAUAUCAAGUUGAACAGCAACUCGCUUGAAUACAAUAUCAUCGGAGGUGUUCUCGAUUUCUAUUUCCUUGCCGGCAGCGAACGGGAUCCCACUGAAUUAGCCCGUCAAUAUUCUGAGGUUGUUGGACUACCCGCGGAAGUACCAUACUGGUCGUUUGGGUUCCACCAGUGUCGAUUCGGCUACAGAGAUUUUGUUGAUGUUGCCAAUGUUAUUGUCAGAUACGCAGCUUCCAAGAUCCCCCUCGAAACAAUGUGGACAGAUAUUGAUUACAUGGACAGGCGAAGGACUUUCACCCUCGAUCCCGAUUACUUCCCUCUGAAGAAGGUCAGGGAAAUCGUUGAUUACCUCCAUGGAAAGGGACAGAAAUACAUUAUGAUGACAGAUCCCGCCAUCGGAUAUUUCCCCGGGGAAGGCUAUGCCGCAUAUGAAGAAGGGAAGGAGCUCGAUAUUUAUUUGAAAAAUAGUACCGGAGACCCCUACAUCGGCCUUGUUUGGGCAGAUUGGUUCCACAAGAAUAUUCGCAAGUACUGGACAAAUCAAUUUAAGCGCUUCUACAACCCUCAAACUGGCGUUGAUAUCGACGGUGUUUGGAUCGACAUGAACGAACCUGCCAGUUUCUGCAUUGCUCCCUGCGCCGAUCCAUACGCCCAGUCUAUCGAGCAGAAGCUUCCUCCCCCUCGUCCCCGACUCCCUCCCAAUGCUGAUACACCGCUCUUUACCAACACUUCCGCCGAAGUUGCACAGCUUAGCAAGAGGGAUGACAUCAUUAACCCUCCAUACGCUAUCGACAAUGCUAUUGGGUCACUGUCGAACAAAACCGCCGAUACCUCCAUCAAGCAAUACAAUGGAUUAACUCAGUAUGAUACACACAAUCUCUAUGGUUCAAUGAUGUCCACGGAGACUCGUCAUGCGAUGCUGGCACGCCGCCCGUCCAAGAAGCCCUUGAUCAUCACUCGCUCUACCUUUGCUGGCGCCGGUGCUCACGUCGGCAAAUGGCUUGGGGAUAAUCUUAGCUUGUGGGACCACUACCGCUUCUCUAUCGCUGGGAUGCUUGGCUUUGCCUCCAUUUAUCAGGUCCCCAUGGUGGGCAGCGAUAUUUGUGGCUUCGGUGGCAAUACAACUGAAACGCUCUGCGCACGUUGGGCUUCGCUUGGAGCCUUCCAACCCUUCAUGCGCAAUCACAACGGCGAAGACUCCAUCAGUCAGGAGUUCUACAUCUGGCCCACUGUUGCUGAGGCUGCGAGGUCCGCUAUCGAUGUUCGCUACCGUCUAAUGGACUAUCUUUACACCGCCUUCCACCAAGCCCAUCUUGAUGGAACUCCCGUCCUCCAUCCCUUGUGGUUUAAGUACCCCAAGGACAGUAACACCUUCCCCAUUGACCUCCAGUUCUUCUACGGAGACUCCAUCCUCGUUUCUCCAGUCACUGAAGAUGACGCCACGUCGGUCUCCAUCUAUCUCCCUAAGGAUACCUUCUAUGACUUCAACACGCUCGCGCCCGUUCAAGGCACCGGCUCCUUCGUUAAAUUCGAGAAUGUUAGCUUCACUGAGAUCCCUCUGCACAUCAAGAGCGGUGUCGUCCUGCCCCUUCGCAGCAAGUCCGCCAUGACCACCAUCGAGCUGCGCAAGACAGACUUUGAGCUCGUCGUCGCGCCCAACGCACGUGGAGAGGCCUCUGGCUCCCUGUACAUCGAUGACGGGGAAUCUCUCGUCGUUACCUCUUCGACCAAUGUCAAGUUCGCGUUCUCGAAUGGCAAGCUGGAUGUGUCCGGUCGUUUUGGAUACCGCACGGGCGUCAAUGUUGCCCGUGUGAGAUUCCUCGGGGUUAAUGCCAACCCUUCGAGGGUGACGGUUGAUGGCAGGUCGGUGAAAAGGUCCGAUGUUUCUUAUGAUGCUGCCAACAAGGUGUUGGAUGUUACUGUUGGUGUUGCCUUCAACAAAGGAUUCUCCGUUCAGUAUUCGAGGUAA